AUGACAUGCAGUUCACCCAGUAUCCCGAGUCCCAUUCCACCGCGAAGCCCUACCGCUCUACCGAUCUGGUCCCCGUUACUCGCGUUACAAGCAUGCCGCUUACGCAGGUAUCUUAGCGAUGACUGCAUGACUUACCAAAACAGGCACCUCCUCCACUCGGAGAGACGCCGAUGUGGAGUAUGCCUCGCCUCAUUUCCCUCUACGUGGCUCCUGGAGCGCCACGCCGCCCUGCAGCACGCGUCGCAGACCUCUUGCGACGAUAAACCAUUUGUUUGCGAACAAUGUGGACAAAGCUACAGAUAUAGGUCCGCUUAUGUAAAACACAGAGAGCAAAAUCACCGAGCUAGGCUACCGGCUGACAAACUAUUCACCUGCGACGUCUGCGGAAUGCAGUUCCGCUACCUAAAGUCAUUCAAAAAACACCGUCUGAACCAUACUUUAGAGCGACUUCACACAAAGAACACCGAUCAGAGUGACAGUUUGGAUCAAGUUUCUAGCACAAACGAGGCUUUGUUAGGUCGCUGUGGUGAAAUGGACCUUUCCAUUAAAAAGAAAAACAGACCUGAAAGCACCAGAAGCCCUCCGAUUGAAGUUCAUGAUGAACAAGACAGUACCGUUGAUUCGAAUGGCCCAUCAGACUCCAUAGUGACAGUUGACGAUUCGACUGACUGCAGGAACUCGAGUGCCGAAAGUGAGAGCAAACGAGACGACACUCCCUCGGAAGAGAGAAGGCGCGUUCCAGUUUCAUUUGCCAGCGUUAGUUCAAUCGCAGAUAGUUCAGAGAGCGAGUCUCGAGCUGAUAGCAAACAUGACAGCGCGAGUCCACAUUCGGGAAUUAUGGGAUUCUUGCAAAGUGAUGAUAGGCAACGAGAUAGGGAGAGGAGAUUUGCAUGCCCAUUUUGCGGGAAAUGCGUUAGGUCCAAAGAGAAUUUAAAGUUGCACGUGAGGAAGCACACCGGGGAGCGACCGUUCGUGUGUUUGUUCUGCGGGCGCGCGUUCGGGGGCAAGAGCGACCUGACUCGGCACCUCCGUAUUCACACCGGUGAGAGGCCGUACCACUGCGAGGCCUGCGGCAAGUGCUUCGCGCGGGCCGACUACCUGUCCAAGCACUUGACCACUCACGUGCACAACGCGCGCUGA